AUGGCAUAUGACCGCUAUGUGGCAAUAUGCAACCCCCUGUGUUAUCCCAUGAUUAUGAACAAGAAGGUGUGUGUCCUGCUGGCAGCCACUUCCUGGACUAUCGGCAUCCCGGCCCAGGUAGUGCAGACAAGUUUGGUGUUCACCUUACCCUUCUGUAGCUCCAAAAAGAUCAACCAUUUCUUCUGUGACUCAGCCCCUCUGCUGUUGCUGGCCUGUGCUGACACCUCCAUGAAUGAAACCUUGACUUACAUGGUGGUCACUUUCUUUGGAAUGGUGCCCUUUGCCCUGAUUCUCUUGUCCUACGUCCGGAUCAUUGCCACCAUCAUCAAGAUGACAUCAGCUGAGGGCAAGAGGAAAAUCUUCUCCACCUGCUCCUCCCAUCUCAUCGUUGUGGCUUUAUUCUAUGGUUCUGGCAUUAUCCUUUAUUUACAACCCAGGUCCAGUGAGUUUCCAAACAGUGGUAAACUUCUCUCCCUGUUUUACACUGUUUUGCCUGCCAUGUUGAAUCCUUUUAUCUACAGCCUAAGGAACAGGGAAAUCCAAACAGCCUUGAGGAGACAUAUGUGGCACAAAAUGGUUCCCUGCUAUCCCUGA